AUGAAGUGGUUCAUGUGUCUCACAAAAAAUAAAAUAGGGGAAGUCAUGAUAACUAAAAUAAAUCAAAUUCCUCUGUGUCCAAAGAAGGAAGUGAGAGCAGCUGGAUGGCACAGUUGUGAUAUAAAGUUAGUGUGAUCGCAAAUGCAUGACUACGAUAAUGUUUUGUUUAUUUAGACCCUUUGACACACAGCAACAUACAGCUUAGGUGAGAAUUGCUGAUGCCACAAGACAUGGUCAGACCCUGAGAAGACGAGAUGGAUGCUUUGAAAUGGCCUCUGUUCUUUCUGUGGUUCUGCGUUAAAGUUGUUCAUCAGACUGAAGGCUCGUCUUGGACCAUCAACCUGCCUUCCUCAGUAAAAGGUCUCCCCGGAUACUGUGUGGUGAUUCCCUGCUCAUUUAACUACCCAGACCCCGAGAGGAGGAUCAAUAAAUACACUGGGAUUUGGAUGGAGCAAGCAGGUCAUGCCAUCUAUCACCCAGUUGAGUCAGAAAUUCUGCAGGAGUAUCGGAGUCGGACAGAGCUGCUGGGAGACGUCACACAGAAGAACUGUUCACUGAAGAUCGAUUCCCUCAAACAAAGUGACCAAGGGCCUUUUUUUUUCAGGAUUGAUUUGGAAAACUAUGACAAGUUUUCUUACAAAGAAAAGACAGUCACCAUUACAAUGAUUAGUGGACUUGACAUCAAUAUUUCUAUGCAAGAGGAAGUAGUGGAGGGUCAAACUGUUCAGGCGUCCUGCUCUGUGUCUCCCAUCUGUCCCACCUCUCCCCCUGUCUUCAGCUGGAGUCACUCUGGAAAGCAGCAUUCACAUUCACAGCAGCUUGGAGAUGGUCAGUGGGUGUCAACAGCUACUCUGACCUUUCACCCUACCAGACCUGAUCACAACAAGCCUUUACUAUGCACUGUGAGAUACAAGGGAGGGCAGCAGGAAAUAUCCAAAGUCCUCAAAGUAAAUUACGCCCCAGUGAAUGUGAAGGUUACGUACAAGUCUGAUGUAAAGGAGGGAGAAGCUGUGCAGCUCAAUUGCUCCAGCAAUGCUCACCCUCCUGCCAGCAGCUAUGAGUGGUACAAUGAAACUGGUACUCAGCUUCAUCGGGGAAACCUCUACACGUUGCGAAAUGUGUCCAGGCACACAGGUGCAUUGUACUGUACUGCCACCAACAAACGAGGACAAGGCAAGUCAAGCCUUGUGCAGCUCAGAGUGUUAUAUGCCCCUGAGAUUGAGGAUGUCUCCUCCUGCUCCUUACAUGGGGAUGUGGUAAAGUGUAUGUGCUUUGUGACGUCCUGGCCUCCCAGCAUGGUCAGUUUUGUGCUUUCUGACAGAGUCCUGCCUGUCACCACGAUAAAGAGACAUGGAGCUAUUACCACUGGGACAGUGCAGAUGGACUUUGGAUCUUCUGAGUUUGUCCGCUGUCUGGCAAACAACACCGUGGGCAAUGCCAGCAUCUCACUCUCUUUACCUGUCAAAGGUAAGAUGCAGAAUCUGUACAUCGCCAUCGGAGCAGGUGUGGGUUUGGUGAUACUUUUAAUAACAGUGGGAUUUGUUAUAAAAUGGCGGACACCUGGAAACACGGCAACACCUCACAUGAGUGCUAUGGAGGCAACCAAAACUGAAGAGCGCUCCCAGUGUGCUACGAUGAAAAGAAAACAGAUGGACUGCGAUGAUGAAAAGUAUCAGUAUCAUACCACUGAUCACAUAUACGGCAACAUGGAGACUGACUUGGAUGAUGCUAUAUAUGCCAAUAUGUAACAUCGUUGAAUCCACUGGUGCAGCUGCAGGUCUUCAUGUUGUCCAGAUGAUGUGGGUCAAGACAAUGAUGGAUAAAUAAAUAAAUAAAUACUGCUGUAUCUGCUAUUUCCUGUAUUCUGUUAUGACACAAGUGUUAUUUUUGUGUAUGCUGCAGUUCACAUGCUACUUUUUCCAAAGAAAGUUGCUUGUGUCUUAAAAUGACUUUGUGAUCACUGCACCUGUGUUUGCAGUUAUGCUUUUGAACUUUUUCUGACUUUUUGUCUGACCAGCUGGGAAGUUUGGGAGAUGAGGUUUCAUUCUCUUCAUUAAAAAUAUACUAGGCACUAA